AUGUCAGAUCCACGCGAUCGAGUACCUCCUCCCCCUCGCAUCGUCAAGAGUGCUCGGAAAUUCACUGAUCCGAGGCUUGAUAAUACUACAAGACCAAGUACCAGCGUUGCUACAAAAUCUGUCAGCUUCAGGCCCGGCGGUCGCAUCGCAGCAGGCCCCCCCGCAACUGAUCCAAGGCUCGAUAAUCCUACAAGGGUUGUUGCUACAAAAACUGCCACAAAUGAUGUCAGGCCAGGCAAUCGUCUCGGAGCAGUAGUUCAACCUGCAACUGCUGACGCAAGGAUGGAUGCUCAUACUAGAAACCAAGGGUUGAACGCGAGACAAAUCAGUACAAAUCUAUCAAGACCUGCUAUUCACGAACCUCUGCAGCAAAAUGAUGUUGCUGCCAGGGUUCCAAAGAAAGUUACUUUCAAUAUUGAAGAUUUUCCACUACCCGUGGAGCGGCGUCCUGUCGCUCGUAACAGGGCUGCGCAGAAAUCUGCACGGUUCGCUCCAGGUCUUGGUUCAUCUGCUGCCUCAGAGAGAAGAGAGGAACUUCCGUCUCAAUCAACUUCCUUCUUUCCCGAGAGAUCUUCCAAACUUGGUGCAGCAAGGAACUCGAAGUCGUCGGCAGAUGUCUCACGCAGGGGCCUUGGUAGACAGUCAAACAACAAUGCACUUGAUCAGCGCCGUGCCACUAAAUCGCAGCAAAUGCGCCUUCACAUACAUACCGAGUCAUUUUCUGGAAAAUAUGCGCGAAAGUUUGAAGGCACACGCAGCAGAACACAUUCACGCGUACCUCGUAUGUCCAGUGCAAAUAGGGAUGUCAGACAGGGCCAUCUUUCUGACAGCUCAAGUGAACAUAGCAGCGGGAGUGCAAACUAUGUCGAUGUCGGUUUAAAGUUAUCCAAAUUGAGCAGGGGUAAAUCUUCAGGCAAUUCUGUCGAGAUUGCCAGAGAGAUAGGUGUUCAGGUGAAAGCAGCUAGAAAGCUUCAAUUUGGACGCAAAACAACCAAAGUUCCACCCGAGAUACAGCGUUCCGUCACCCCCACAAAUUCCCAUAGCAGCGAAUCAUCCGACAAUGACGAAUCUACGAUACCCGCUCCUGCGGGCGAGGAUAGCGAGGAACUGGAAUAUGUGGACCUUGGUAUCAUCCCUCACAACAUUACUCGCGAGCAAACCGAAUCAUCCUCAGAAUCUGACGUUACAGAAAGGGAUGAAACACCUACGGAUAUUCCUUCAGAUACUCUUAUCGAGGCUUUGGAAAACAUUUCACUGACGACCAUCCGGCUAGCAAAAUUACGCCGUCUUCCCUUCAUGCUACGAAACCUCCGCAAAGGGUUUCUCAGUCGAUGCAAGUCCCUUGGAAUCGAUCCAUCUCCCAGUAUUCCACCUUCUAAACCUGUCACGGUCAUAUACAAGUGCCUAGCGCAAAUCGCUGAAGAUAGAUCUCUAAAACGACAGGAGACUCGGACGACAAUGACUGAUUGGAAGUGUCCACUUUGCGAACUUCACGGAGUAUUUCCCACGCAGGAAAUCCUCCACGCUCAUCUCCAGCGGGACCAUUUAGGAGUAGGUUUCUUGUGGGAUAUGGAUAACUAUACUCUGUGGGUAGAACUUCCACUGACAAGACAUGCUGCAUUACCAGUUGCGUUGCCUGCCAGUAGGCAUGUUCCACUAUUGCCCCAUGAACGUGCGAUGACGACAACUUCGACAAGGACUGCUUCGACAGAGAUAACCGACUUUUCAUCCAAUUUUCACGAUGGCGAAUACACUCCAGCGACCACACUGUCUCCAUCACGAAAUACCUCCGUGGCAUCUCAACCUUUUCUUGACGCAGAUAAACUCGACAUCAAACCAAAGUGGCAUUACCCGAUACUUCGUACAGGUUCACUGGCAUUGUCGGCUACACGCAGUAUUUCUGUAACGUCUCGCACGCUGUCUCGUGCAUCUUCCAGUCAUGCUUCUGGAAGGCCAACGCCCCCUCCCCAAUCUGAUCCCCUAGGGCCUGCAGCGCAGUAUCCUUACCUACUCGAGUCGGAUGGCAUCUAUUCAUGCCGCGUGGGCGGUCCCCGACUAUACGAUCUUCUAAACACACUACCACUGGAUGAGUUUGGUGUCCUCGCAUGGGUCAUCCUCGAUAGAGAAGAAGAUAUCUUCGAGAUCGACGACGUGAGAGAUGAAGACAAGGUCAUGCAGGCGCUCUGGUUUCGCUGGAUAUUUCUAAAUCGGAACAAAUUUGUCGCGGAAUUUUUCAAAGGAACGGAGACGUUCAUCAACGAUAAUUGGAAGAUGAUAGAUCGAGCUGCUGGAGUCGCCGCUUUGAGGACGUGGCUUCUCGUUCUCAGCAUCAAUAACUUUUUGUUGACUUCGGAUGUCGUGGUACUCUUGCGUCAUUAUCGAAAGUUGACAGGUAAGAAACAUUGGUAUGAUGAUAACCAUGCAACCCCGAAUGAGGUUGCACCUGUAUGA